CGUUAACUGGUCUCGGAAAUCUGGUUCAAUCUGACCUUCACUCACUGAACGUUACAUAACUUUCAUUAUCUUCUUUAUCUGCAAUUUUUAUUUUUAUCAAAGACGACUUCAGAGAGAUAAGAUAGUCAACGUUAAAAAGUGCAUGGAUGAGUUAAAUUUAGUACAUACUGAACUUUAUCCGGUGGAUACUGACGAUGAGUUUUCUAAAUAAAGUGGUUAUUGUGACUGGCAGCAGCUCUGGUAUAGGAGCUGCCAUCGCCAUUAAAUUCGCAGAAGAAGGCGCGAAGGUUGCUAUAGUAGGAAGAAACCAGGAGAAACUGAACAACGUCGCUAAGAAAUGUGGCAAACCAUUAGUGCUCGUUGCUGACGUCACUAAAGAAGAAGACGCUAAAAGAAUUGUAGAUGAAACUGUGAAAGUAUUUGGCAAACUGGAUGUUUUGGUAAACAAUGCUGGCAUCGGUGGAGGUAGUUCCAUUACAGCUGAUAAUGCCAUUGAAAUCUUUGAUAAAAUAAUGAGUACAAACCUUCGUGCACCAGUUUAUUUAACUCAUCUUGCUGCUCCACACCUUAUAAAAACAAAAGGUAAUAUUGUGAACAUAUCGAGCGUGGCUGCGUUAAAAAUUCUCAUGCCGGAGGUUUUUGCAUACUCCGCAUCGAAGGCUGCCUUAGAUCAUUUCAGUAGAGCUGUGGCACUUGAACUUGCAUCUAGCGGUGUUCGUGUGAACACUGUUAAUCCUGGACCCGUGAAAACUGAUAUAAUUGAAAAUAUGGGUCUAUCAGAGGCAGCUAUAGAUGUUACAUUCAAACAGAUGGAAGACAUGACGCAACUGAAAAGAAUAUCUGAUUCUGAAGAAAUAGCCGAUCUUGUUUUGUUCCUGGCUAGCGAUAAGGCUAAGGCAAUUACUGGUUCGUCAUAUGUUAGUGAUAAUGGGAUGUUAUUGUAAGCUACUGAUUUAAUAACAAUAAAUGUUUACACAAUAUUUAUAUAUGACAGUGGCUCGUUUGAAGUCCUAUAAUAAAAUAUUAACUCUCA